CGGCGUUUCUGGGGCGGCGGGCAUGGCGGGCACCGUGGUGCUGGACGACGUGGAGCUGCGGGAGGCGCAGCGAGACUACCUGGACUUCCUGGAUGACGAGGAAGAUCAAGGAAUUUACCAGAGUAAAGUUCGAGAGCUGAUCAGUGAUAACCAGUAUCGGCUGAUUGUCAACAUCAAUGACCUUCGAAGGAAAAAUGAGAAGAGGGCCAACCGCCUCCUGAGCAACGCCUUUGAGGAGCUGGUUGCCUUCCAGCGAGCCUUAAAAGAUUUUGUGGCCUCCAUUGAUGCCACCUAUGCCAAGCAGUAUGAGGAGUUCUACAUAGGGCUGGAGGGCAGCUUCGGCUCUAAGCACGUCUCUCCUCGGACCCUCACUUCCUGCUUCCUCAGCUGCGUAGUCUGCGUGGAGGGCAUUGUCACCAAAUGCUCUCUAGUCCGUCCCAAAGUUGUUCGCAGUGUCCAUUACUGUCCUGCUACCAAAAAGACUAUAGAGCGGCGCUACUCUGACCUUACCACACUCGUGGCCUUCCCGUCCAGCUCUGUCUACCCCACCAAGGAUGAGGAGAACAACCCUCUUGAGACGGAAUACGGCCUUUCGGUCUACAAGGACCACCAGACCGUCACCAUCCAGGAGAUGCCGGAGAAGGCCCCUGCGGGCCAGCUGCCCCGCUCCGUCGACGUCAUUCUCGACGAUGACUUGGUGGACAGGGUGAAGCCCGGUGACCGGAUCCAGGUGGUGGGGACCUACCGCUGCCUUCCUGGGAAGAAGGGAGGCUACACCUCAGGGACCUUCAGGACUGUCCUGAUCGCCUGCAAUGUGAAGCAAAUGAGCAAGGACAUUCAGCCCUCGUUCUCCGCGGAGGACAUAGCCAAGAUCAAGAAGUUCAGUAAAACCCGCUCCAAGGACAUCUUUGAGCAGCUGGCCCGCUCGCUGGCUCCCAGUAUCCAUGGGCAUGAGUAUGUCAAGAAAGCGAUCCUCUGCUUGCUCUUGGGAGGCGUCGAACGAGACCUGGAAAAUGGCAGCCACAUCCGUGGGGACAUCAACGUUCUCCUGAUAGGAGACCCAUCUGUCGCCAAGUCCCAGCUUCUGCGCUAUGUGCUGUGCACGGCGCCCCGGGCCGUCCCCACCACCGGCCGGGGCUCCUCCGGGGUGGGGCUGACCGCCGCUGUCACCACUGACCAGGAAACGGGGGAGCGGCGUCUGGAAGCGGGGGCCAUGGUCCUGGCCGACCGGGGCGUGGUGUGCAUCGAUGAAUUCGACAAGAUGUCCGACAUGGACCGCACGGCCAUCCACGAGGUGAUGGAGCAGGGCCGGGUGACCAUCGCCAAGGCCGGCAUCCACGCACGCCUCAACGCCCGCUGCAGCGUCUUGGCCGCUGCCAACCCCGUCUACGGCAGGUACGAUCAGUACAAGACCCCGAUGGAGAACAUCGGGCUGCAGGACUCGCUGCUGUCGCGCUUUGACCUGCUCUUCAUCAUGCUGGACCAGAUGGAUCCCGAGCAGGAUCGGGAGAUCUCCGACCACGUCCUCAGGAUGCACCGGUACCGGGCCCCUGGCGAGCAGGACGGCGAUGCCCUGCCGCUGGGUAGUGCUGUGGAUAUCCUGGCCACCGACGACCCCGACUUCAACCCGGAUGACCAUCAGGACACCCAGAUUUAUGAGAAGCAUGACAACCUGCUGCACGGGACCAAGAAGAAAAAGGAGAAGAUGGUGAGCGCGGCGUUCAUGAAGAAGUACAUCCACGUGGCCAAGAUCAUCAAGCCGGUCCUGACCCAGGAGUCCGCUGCCUACAUCGCCGAGGAGUACUCGCGCCUGCGCAGCCAGGACAGCAUGAGCUCCGACACGGCUCGGACGUCUCCAGUUACAGCGAGAACCCUGGAAACGCUGAUUCGGUUGUCCACAGCCCAUGCCAAGGCCCGCAUGAGCAAGACCGUGGACUUGCAGGAUGCCGAGGAGGCGGUGGAGCUGGUCCAGUAUGCCUACUUCAAGAAGGUUCUGGAGAAGGAGAAGAAACGCAAGAAGCGAACUGAAGAUGAAUCCGAGACCGACGAGGAGGAGGAGAAGAGCCAGGAGGACCACACGCAGAAGAGGAAGAGGAGGAGGACUCGCCAGUCGGGUGCCGGGGACGGGGACUCCUACGACCCCUAUGACUUCAGCGACACGGAAGGGGAGAUGCCCCAAGUGCACACCCCGAAGACAGCAGACUCCCAGGAGACCGGGGAGACCCAGAAGGAGUCCAGCGAGUCUCAGGAGACCGGGGAGACCCAGAAGGAGUCCAGCGAGUCUCAGGAGACCGGGGAGACCCAGAAGGUGGAGCUGGAUGAGUCCAGGCUGAAGGCAUUCAAGGGGGCCCUCCUCGACGUGUUCCGGGAAGCGCACGCCCAGUCUGUGGGCCUGAGCCGCCUCACGGAGUCCGUCAACCGCGACCGGGGCGAGCCCUUCUCUCCGGAGGAGAUCCAGGCGGCGCUGAACCGCAUGCAGGACGACAACCAGGUCAUGGUGUCUGAGGGCAUCGUCUUCCUCAUCUGAGGCCCCCGGGGGGCCUCCGUGCAGCUCCCCCCCCCCAUCCCAGGGUUCCCCUUCCCUCUCAACAUCCGUGUUGAAUGGCUGAAGGUGAGAGUUGAGGGACGACGUGGUGUUGUGAUUGGAGGAGGACUACUGAUGAAGGC